AUGCCGAUGCCGCGGAACCCUGCUAAAAGCCUCACAAGUGGAACCACCGACUCGGUCUUUUCAGCUCUACGCGAGAAGCAUCCUCUUUACAAUUCGACGAUCUAUGACGGAGGAGCAACUACCCAUAUCGUCAAUGACAGGAGUCUGUUGACCGACAUCCGCGAAGCUGAGGAAGCCGACUACGUUCUGAUCGGAGAAGGUUCCUUGAAGGUCGAAGCGCGAGGCACCCGAAGGAUGGAAAAUGUUCUGGAUGGCGAAAACGGAAGAAACACACGCACCCUCGUUCUUCUCGACGUUGCACAUGUGCCACGAUUCCACACGAACAUUGUCAGCGCGAAGAAGCGAUGA